AUGGGGACUGAUAGUGAAAACCCAGUCCUGAGGAACGUGCUCAUCAGCUUCAACUUGCUUCUGCUGGGCGCUGUCCUCAAACCUUUUGAGUGCCGGCUGGAGGUGACAACAGAGCCAGCUGAGAGGUCAGCGGUGGAUGAGGAGGGUGGCCUUGCCAAUUGCAGCCCACCCAUUAAAGAGCAGCCCAUGGUCUUCCACCACAUCUACAACAUCAACAUCCCUCUGGACAGCUGCUGCUCGUCCAUGUUCAAGUCUUCGGCCGAGGAGGUGAGUUCAGAAGACGACCGUCUGGCAGAAUAUGCAGAGCAGACCUCCGACAGCGAGAGCCAGGUCACCUUCACCCACAGGAUAAACUUCCCCAAGCAGGCCUUCAAGUGCUCCACCUCCCUCCCAUCCCUGCAGGAGCUGCUGAGCAGGAUUGAGAUGCUGGAGAGGGAGGUCUCCAUGCUGCGGGACCAAUGCAACUCCAAUUGCUGCCAAGAAAAUGCAGCCACAGGGCAGCUGGAUUACACCCCGCAGUGCAGCGGCCAUGGGAACUUCAGCCUGGAGUCCUGCAGCUGCGUCGUGGACGGCGAGUGCGUCUGCGAGGAGGGUUUCACCGGGGAGGAUUGCUCCCAGCUGCGGUGCCCCCGCGACUGCUCGGGGAAGGGCCACUGCGUCAACGGCACGUGCGUCUGCCAGGAGGGCUACGCCGGGGAGGACUGCGGGUGGCUGCACUGCCCCAACGCCUGCAGCAGCCGCGGAGUCUGCCGGGACGGUCUCUGUGUCUGCGAGGAAGGCUACGAAGGGCAGGACUGCUCAGCAGACGUCACAGGCAGAAGUUUGGGAGGCGAGCGAAAAGCCGGCGAUGUUUGUCUCAACAUCGGUGGUAAAUCCUUGCGGGUGCCCGGGGACUGGAGCAGCAUCACCAUCACGGAGCUGGAGGCAGGCGUUGCCUACAAUGUCAGCGUCUACGCAGUCAUCAGCGACGUCUUGAGCAUCCCUGUUACCUACAAGGUGAUGACCAACCUUGCCACACCGCAGGGGCUGAAGUUCAAGACCAUCACGGAGACAACGGUGGAGGUGCAGUGGGAGCCCUUCUCCUUCCCCUUCGAUGGCUGGGAGAUCAGCUUCAUCCCCAAGAAUAACGAGGGCGGCAUGAUCGCCCAGCUCCCCAGCACCGUCACCACCUUCAACCAGACGGGGCUGAAGCCGGGGGAAGAGUACACCGUCACCGUGGUGGCCCUGAAGGAACAAGCCAGGAGCCCUCCCACCUCUGACAGCGUCUCAACCCUCAUCGACGGCCCAACGCAGAUCCUGGUGCGGGACGUCUCCGACACGGUGGCCUUCGUGGAGUGGACACCGCCGCGCGCCAAGGUGGACACCAUCCUGCUUUUUUUUUUACCCCCGCGCGCCAGGGUGGACACCAUCCUGCGGAAGUAUGGGCUGGCGGACGGGGAGGGGGGGAGGACCACCUUCCGCCUGCAGCCCCCCCUCAGCCAGUACUCCCUGCAGGCCCUGCGCCCCGGCGCCCGCUACCACCUCGCCGUCAGUGCCCUCCGGGGUGCCAACGAGAGCCGGCCGGCCCUCGCCCAGUUCACCACAGAAAUCGAUGCCCCCAAGAACCUUCGGGUGGGCUCGCGGACGCCCGCCAGCCUUGAGCUCGCGCGGCCGCCCGCCAGCCUUCAGCUCUCCUGGGACAACAGCGAGGCCGAGGCGCACAGCUACAGGGUGGUCUACAGCACCCUGGCCGGGGAGCACUACCAUGAAGUCCUGGUGCCGCGGGACACCGGUCCCACCACCCGGGCCACCCUCGCAGAUCUGGUGCCAGGGACAGAGUACGGCAUCGGGAUUUCAGCCGUGAUGGACACCCAGCAGAGCGUGCCGGCAACCAUGAAUGCCAGGACAGAGCUUGACAGCCCCCGGGAUCUCCUGGUGACAGCCUCCACUGAGACGUCCAUCUCGCUAACCUGGACCAAAGCUACAGGUCCCAUCGACCACUACCGUGUCACCUUCACCCCUGCCUCGGGGAUGGCCUCUGAAGUUACAGUGCCCCAGGACGAGUCGCAGCUCACCCUCUCAGAAUUGGAGCCCGGGACGGAGUAUACCAUCUCCAUCAUCGCCGAGAGGGGACGCCAGCAGAGCCUGGAGGCCACCGUGGAUGCCUUCACAGGGGUCCGGCCCAUCACACAGCUCCACUUUUCCCAGCUGACAUCCUCCAGCGUGAACGUCACUUGGAGUGAUCCAUCCCCACCAGCAGACCGCCUCAUCCUCACCUACAGCCCCCGGGAUGAGGAGGAGGCACAGCAGCUCGCGCUCGAUGGCACCCGCAGGCAUGCCAGCCUGACGGGCUUGCAGCCAUCCACCGAGUACCUGGUGUCACUGGUGGCCAUGCAUGGCGCCAUCAGCUCCGAGCCUGUCAUGGGCUCCAUCAAGACAGGCAUCGAUGCACCAAAGGAUCUCAGGGUGGGCAAUGUCACCCAGGAGUCCAUGAUCAUCUACUGGAGUUCUCCCAUCGCUGCCUUCGACCACUAUAGAAUAUCCUACCGCGCUGCCGAAGGGAGGACAGACAGCACCGCAAUCGCCAGCGAUGCCACCAAGUACGCCCUCCACCGCCUGCAGCCUGCCACCAAGUACGAGAUCGGGGUGAAGAGCGUGCGGGGCCGGGAGGAGAGUGAGGUAGCCUCCAUCACUGUGCACACAGCCAUGGAUGCUCCCUUGGGGGUCACGGCCACCAACAUCACCCCCACCGAGGUGCUGCUGCAGUGGAACCCACCACUAUCAGAGGUGGAGAGCUACAUCCUCAUCCUCACCCGCCGCGCAGUUGCAGGAGAAACAAUUCUUGUGGAUGGAGUUAACCAGGAGUACCAGCUGACCAACCUCUUGCCCAGCACCACCUACACAGUCUCUAUGUAUGCCACCAACGGGCCUCUCACCAGCCAGACCAUCAGCACCAACUUCACUACUCUUUUGGAUCCUCCAACAAAUCUGACCGCCAGCGAAGUCACUCGACGGAGUGCCCUGCUCUCCUGGGUGCCUCCCGUGGGGGAGAUCGAGAACUACAUCAUGACCUACAGAUCCAGCGAUGGCAGCCGGAAGGAGCUGAUUGUGGACGCUGAGGACACGUGGAUCCGCCUGGAGGGGCUUUCUGAGACCACAGAGUACACCGUGCACCUGCAAGCUGCCCAAAAUGCUGUGCGGAGCAGCUUCAUCUCCACCACUUUCAGCACAGGCGGCCGUGUCUUUGCUAACCCUCAGGACUGCGCCCAGCACCUGAUGAAUGGAGACACGCUGAGCGGCAUCUACACCAUCUCCAUCAACGGGGACCUCAGCCAGCGGGUGCAGGUCUACUGCGACAUGACCACCGAUGGAGGCGGCUGGAUUGUGUUCCAGAGGCGUCAGAACGGGCUGACCGAUUUCUUCCGGAAAUGGGCAGAUUACCGGGUUGGCUUCGGAAACUUGGAGGAUGAGUUUUGGCUGGGCUUGGACAACAUCCAUAAGAUCACAUCCCAGGGGCGCUACGAGUUGCGAAUAGACAUGAGGGACGGCCAGGAAGCAGCGUAUGCCUACUACGACAAGUUCUCCAUCGGCGACUCUCGGAGCCUGUACAAGUUGCGAAUCGGGGACUACAACGGCACUUCAGGGGACUCCCUCAGCUAUCACCAGGGCCGCCCCUUCUCCACCAAGGACAGGGACAACGACGUCGCCGUGACCAACUGUGCCAUGUCCUACAAAGGGGCCUGGUGGUAUAAGAACUGCCACCGCACUAAUCUCAACGGCAAGUACGGAGAGUCCCGACACAGUCAGGGGAUUAACUGGUACCACUGGAAAGGCCACGAGUUCUCCAUCCCCUUUGUGGAAAUGAAGAUGCGACCUUACAACCACCGUAACAUCUCUGGGAGGAAGCGACGGUCCCUACAGCUCUGAGCCAGCCGAACCCCCUCCCACCUCCCACCACCUGACCU